AUGGUUGAUAGAGACUACAGACUGAGACACGGGAGGAUUGCACAACAUGCAUUUGUCAAGAGCGAAAAGAUUCAGGUUUCUGAGGCUCUUGUUCUCUCUAGCCCGGUUCAUGCGGAGGCGUCGACUUCUGCGGAUCAUAUGUCUCCAUCUUCUUCUUCUCGUAGGAGACAGGUGUCACAUAGUGACAUAUCACUGCCUACAUCUUCCUCCGAGGAUAUGCACUUUAACAACUAUGUUGAUCACCGUGAGACACGACCAUUUAACAACAUAAUAUUAUACUCUGUAUGGUUGGCCUGCGGUUCACGUUUGACAUUUCUUCAUCUGCCUGAGCGCGUCAUGCGGCAGUUCAACUACACUCAAACUAUUUCCAGACACCUUGUUGUCUCUGCUCCUCCUGCUAUGACAUAUAGAGAUAUGAAUCUCAUGUUUGAUGAUUAUCUUAGUCAUCUAAUAAUGGAUGAGGUACUGAGUGCCAUAGUUGAAAGUGAUUGGAGCUAUAUAGACGUGUAUCUCAAAUGGUUCUUUAGGGUGUCCCAUCCAUAUAUGGUGCAGGCUGCUCUAGGAGAUCCACUAAUGUCAGCUCAUCAGAAGUUAUUAGAGGAGGAGCAGACACAGUUAGAUCAUUGA